AUGAGUACUACCGGCGCGUCCUCCGUCCUCCUGUUCAUCCUGAACAUCCUGCACGUGGUGUUCGGGCUCGGGAUCACCUGUGCUGCCAUCUGGUUUUUCGUGGAGGUGCAUAGCAUCACCAGCCUGCGCAACACCAACCACUACCUGCUCGACUACAACGUGUACUGGCCGCAAGCCAUCCCCUGGGUGUUCAUCUUCGUCGGAGUGUUUGUAAUGUGUGUGUCGUGCUGUGGCUUUGUCGGCGCCAAGAAGAAGAGCAGUGGCCUAGUGGUGAUGUACAUCGUGUUCGAGGUGACCGCCAUCGUCGCGCUGGUGACGGCCGCAGUGGUCGCCCUCACCUGCGCCGACAGCAGCUCCACCGACAAGUUCAUCCAGGACACCGUCUGGGAUGUGUUCACCACCAUGAAGAAUGACCGCAACGUCGAGGCCGACUUUGGCAACAUGGAGAAACGCCUGCAGUGCUGCGGCGCGUCCAGCCCACGCGACUACAUCAACUGGCGCCGCGAUUUCCCCGUGUCAUGUUGCGACACCUACUACCACGGCUGGAUUGGGGAAUACAACAUCGACUGCGACUUCACCAACAAGCUGGCCAACGAGCGCCACGGCUGCACGGAGGUGGCCACCAACUACACUCGCAUCAUCAUCCGCGUGCUGUCCGGCGCGUGCGCAUUCACCGCCUUCCUCGGCCUCAUGAACCUGAUCGUGGCCGUCACGCUCUCCAAGAGCAUGAAGCGCAGGCCGAAGCCGAUGCCGGUGCAACUUGAGUCUGAGAGUAAAAAAGGUUUACUAAAAUAA